AAUAUUGUGUCACUAAUUUUAUUUGCCUUUCCUUGCAUAUUUUAUAUCAAGUUUAAUUCGGUACAGAUACAUUUUAUAUUUUUCUGCUAACUUUUUCAAGUAUAUACAUACUUGUGAGACCGUACUUAGUCAAAUGACUAAUCCGGAUAUACCCUGAUAAAAGCAUAUUAAUAAAUGUGUAGGUCAAUAAAUAAGAAGAUAUCGAAAGCUCUGUAUUUAUCGUCUGAAUGCAAAGCUAAAGUUUCACGAAUCUCACGUCACGAUGCAUUCGCCCCUGCUCUUAUACUCUUUUUACCUCCUUUUCGCCCCCUAUCAUUGCCGACUCGUCAUGACUUGCUGUUGGAAGGGAUUACAUGCUGAACCUAUGCGUCCAAUCACGAGUCGUCGAUAAGAAUGUGUAUACAUUCGUUACAGCGAAUUGUGCCGUUUAAGGGGAAACUCGCCAAGUUCUGGCUGUCCCUUCCAACAAACCACACAAAAGGACUCGUGUGCGCAAAUGCGUAUACAAUCAGGGGAGCUAACUUCACGUACUAUAAGUUGAAACCACGUUCGUGGCGCUAUCUACCAACUAACCGUUAACUAAAAUGUGUAAAGGUGUGAAGAAGUGCACUCGAGUGUAUGGAAUUAUGCAUGCGCAGAGCGCUGGCUAAAGAAAAUAAAUUAGGAAAAGUCCACAUUCCCUACUUUACUGCUUGAAAAGUAUAAAUAUGAUUGAAAAUAAAUAUUAGGAAUAUAAUUAAGAUAUAAUUAGGAAUAGAAACGUAUAAGAUAUUUAUACAGGGUGUCCCAAAAGUCGGAGAGGAUCCGAAAAUGGGGGGUAGCUGAGACGAUUCUGAACAACAAUUUGUCAACACAGUCGCCUGAAACAGAAGAAAAGUAUAUUAUUCUCUAUUCUUCAAAUAUAAACAAAAAUCCGUAGAUGGUCUCCUUCUGUUGUUGUCCUAGCUAAGAAUAUGCAGUUACCUCAAAACGGACGCGAUUUAUCAAACGCAACACUAAUAGCAACGCGAUUCAUGAUUCUCCAAGCAAGUUACUCUCCGAUUGGCUGGGAUUUGCAUGGUGGGGGAGAACUUUCUCGAGAAACGUUUACUGCUUGCGCACGGUGUGGUCGGUUAGGUCGGUUAGGGCGGGAUAGAAGGUCUAGCCUGCGCAACCUAUGUCGGACAGGAGAGUUCUCCCACCAUUUAACUCCCAGCCAAUCGGAGAGUAACGUGGUUGGAGAACACGUUAUAAAUGUAGCUCCGAUUGCUCGCAGGCGUUACUAUACGAAAAGCCACCUGUAAGAGCAGAAGUAGCAGUAGAAACGCCAUUUGAAGAGACACAUUUUUUACGAGGAAUCCAAGAAACCAGCUACGAUGGAUCAGAGCACAUAGAAACGGAGAAUCGGAGCAUGGAGAUAUAGAGAAUUGGAGCACAGAGUACAUUAUCGUUUGAAAUGAAGAUGAAAAGACCAGAAUGGCAUUUUGAAAUAUUCGUAACAACAGCAUCGUGAGCUUAAGAAGACUGAAGAUAUCAUCGUUUUAAAUAAAUCAGUGGUUUUCACCGCUAAGUAAAAGAACAAUCCAAUUAUUCUAUUACAACGUAGCUGCUAAUCAACGUCAAGAAGAAUUCUUGUAUUCCUCGUAAAAAUGUGUCUCUUCACAUGGUGUUUCUGCUGCUGCUUCUGCUCUUACAGGUGGCUUUUCGCCUAGUAACGCUUGCGAAUAAUCGAACCUAUAUUUAUAACGUGUUCUCCAAGCAAGUUACUCUCCGAUUGGCUGCGGUCUGAUUGGUCCGUCGGAGGUAGCGCGAUUGCUUAUAAAUAUAGCGCUCGAUUACUCGCGGUUCGUCAGUCCGCAAGUAUGGAACGAAGCGGAUGCAGACGUAGCUGCUGAAGUCAUUUGUUUUGCUUAAAUUAUUAUACAAUAGUUCUUUUAAUCUUGUAAGAUUUUCUCUUGGCAUUGGCAUAUUUUGAUAAUGAUUAAUUUAUGUAUGUUUUUAACUGAAAUAUGUUCUUUUCAGCUGUUAAUCCAUUGAACAAGUUUAUGUUACAGAGUAAAUAAAAAGAUUCCCAAUAUUCCUCUACAAUAUUCAUCUACAAGAGGAAUGUAAAAAUCAGUACAACAUAGAAUUUCGUGUGUUUGAAACACUAAUCAUAAAAGUCUGUUUAGUAUGUUUCAGUUAAUUCUUCAGAAAUUCUUCCUGGAAUCAUCGAUUACAACAAAAAGUGUAGUGUGUAGAUUAUUGCAUGAAAGCAUUGUACAGUGCUCGCUUUUCCGCUUCUUGCAUUUUUCUGUUGCUUGUUGCUUGCAUGUAUAAUAUAUUUUUUUUUAAUUUGGGGUAAUACACCCCCGGCUGGGGCAGAGGACACAACAUUUAGAUUAAGGAUAAGGGUGGCUAGGAUGUGGUUUUUGUCUUGGCCACCCACUUUUUUGGGUCUCUAUAUGCAGUAAAGGUGAGACCUGGACCCCCUAUAUUAUUUAAGUAUGUAAUUGCACGUAAUUUUAUUUAGAGUUACGAGUAAUAAAAAGCGCCCCGUGUGGCUGCUCUUGUGAGUUUUUCCAUUUUAUAUUUUACAAAUCGAUAUUGCUAAUGCACCUCGCGAUCGUUUCUCAAUAUUUGUUCAAUUAACAUUCUUUAAAAUUAACAUUGCGAAUAAUGAAGUGGCCCGCGUUGCUGCUUAAAUGACACGACGAGUAUCGACGGAAACCGACGGCUACCGACACCGACGCUGAAAUUUUCAUAACAGUGUUGGUGGUACUCACCGAUACGCUAGAUAUGUGUGUGUGUGUGAUGCCCACUAGCGCCGCGUGGAUUUAUGUCUCCAACUAAAAACGUGAUUUCACUUUCCCGCAUCUGCGCUUGACCACCCUGCCAGUGACGUUUCAGUCGUACAUACACGUGCGCAGAAGUUAAUUAAUGGAUUAAACGUGACGAAAAGGUGGAAGACCGAACGUUGAGAUGUGUUGUGACAAGAAUACAAUUUUUGAUGUAUAGAGAUGAAGAGUUCGAGACGCGUUACAGCGUUCGACUGCAUUUAACAGGACUCGGAACAAGGGAAUCGAUAAAUGUGAGUUCGAAUUGUAGAAGAAAGUCCAGACCGUAAACGAGAAGAAAAUGAGUGCUGGCGAACAUAAGGGUUGCGAGAUCGAAGAUAUCGAAAAUUCGGAUGAAAGUGACAGACCAUCUGGGGAAAGAUGGGCGCCAGUUGGAGCGAACGACGGUGACAAUGAUUUCGCCUACGAAUAUAAAUAUGUCGAUAAUAUGGAGAAUUUGUCCUAUGACAUGGAAAGGCUAAAAGUGCUCGAAGAGGAGCAAGAGAUGCUUAAUUCGUCCCUUAUAGCACUAACUACUCAUUUUGCCCAGGUUCAGUUUCGUUUACGACAGAUCGUGGAUGCACCUGCUAACGAAAAAGAAACAUUGCUCAAAGAAUUAGAAGAGUUUGCUUUUAGAGGGAUUCCUGAUGUUCCAAAUGAUUUGUCACUCGAUAGUAGAUCAAUUACACCAACUUCUCCAAUAUCCUGCAAGCAAAGCAUAUCUGGGGUAAUUAAUGAUGUUGAUGUUGAAUCUAAAAUGGCACUGCAAAGAACAAAACAGAAAGAACUGAUUUGUCAGCUAAAAUCUCAAUUAGAGGACCUAGAGAAAUAUGCCUAUGAAACUGGUGAUGCAGAUUUACCGCAAAGCAUGAUAUUAGAGAGACAGAGUAUCAUAAUCAAUCAUUUAAAAGAAAAGUUAAAUUUUAACAUUGACGACCUCUGUAAAUUACCAGUUGACGAUUUAAGAUGGCAAGUAGAUUAUGCUAUAAGUCAGAUCGUUAGUCCUUUAAAAAUGAAAGAACAACUAGUUUCUCAAUUGAAAACACAAAUUACAGAUUUAGAACGCUUUAUAAAUUACCUUCAGGGAGAAGUUAGUACAGAAACUUUGGCGUGUACUUGUGCUUGUCCAAUACACAGUAGCGGUUCUGCAUCUUCUACUUCGUAUGCUAAGAAAGCAUUUAAUAGGAAACCAAUAGAGGAAGAAAGCACAACUAAAACUCUUAACACUGUUAAGAAGGUUGUGGCUCUGUUGCACAUGUUCUUAGUGUCUCAAUUAGGAUGCGGUAGUGAACGGGUGCGAAGGAACUUCAAGAAAAAUUCUUUACAUAAUUGGCGUGAUAUAAGAACAAGAUUAGAUAUUGCAGUUGAACACGUCAUAGAGACUAUCGCAGACAGUGAACGUCAUCCAGAAGACGAUGAUAACGAAAAUGAUUACGCUUCGGAUUCAGAUUCCACGUCGCAUUGUAACGCCAGAGUAACGUCUGCUGUAAGGAAGCACCUAGCAACUUCCAUACGUGAUUUAAUGCAACAUGGUUUAAUGUCUGAUGUGCGUUCUAAUAGCGUAGUGCCAUUUGUGGGUUGUUUUCCCCAAAGAAAUCCUUCUACUACUAAUUUAAUGCAUGCAUGGGAAUUAAUAUUGAAAUAUUAUGAAAUUAAAAAUGGUCAUCGUUACAAUUCUAGUCCAGCACAGAAAUUAUCCCAAAGUUUUAACCUAGAUCUUGCCGGUGGAAGAAUGAUAUCUUCCAAACAGAGCUUACUAACAACUAUUGGAAACAUUAUUGCUUCGCAUAGUCCAUACAAAAGAAGCUAUGAUUCCCAUUUUAAAGCAUUUAUAUGUGCAUCCUUAAAUGCUAACAAGCUUGUUACUUGGUUGAAACUUAUCCUGCAAUGUCAGUAUCUUCUUGAAAACCAUUAUAUGUCCUGGAGUUAUGUUGUAAAAACAGGUUUCCAAGAUGCUUUUCAUACUCUCGACCGUCUUACCAGCUACAAAUUUGAUUUACCAGUUGAUCUGGCCGUAAGACAAUUUCAAAAUAUAAAAGAUGCAUUUUGAUCGCAAAGCGAAUCAACGUUCACAUUUAAGCGAGCAUGUAGGUAGACACUUUUAAUAAGCGAAGUACUCGAGAUACCAAAUAUUGCAAACAAGUAAAUAAGAAACAGUAUAUUUUAACCUUAUGUUGACGUUAUAAAAAUGUAUUUAUUACCUUUUAUUGUUUUAAAAUAUUCUUUAGUAAAAAACAUUACUUUCUCAUUCCCUGAGUACACGUUAGUAAAAGUUUGUUAUAUCGCAAUAAUGUAGCUCUAAUGAUUUGAAGUAUCAGUAUUUCGGAACUUCUCAGAGUUUGGAUUUUAAAUUAUUUUAUUGUGAGAACGUAAAAUAUUAUCGUUCUAUAAAAUCUGAAAGAAGAUAAUUUGUUGUGUACGGAGAUUUAAUGGCGAACUUAUAAUAUAUAUAACGUACAGCACAGGUAUAAAUGCAAUGCUGCCUGAUAUAAGGACUGAAAUAUAUUAUGUACCUAGUUAUUUUGAAGUACAUUUUCGGAUAUUGCACGUCUUCGAUAAAAUAGUACAUCUGCGAUACUAAUGGUUUUAUUUAUACCUUUUAAAAAAUAGUCUCGUAAAUUUAAAUCAAGUUUAUACAACUGAAAAGAACGAUUUUCACUGUGAUGAAAAUUAAUGAGAGUAUAAUACUGAAUUUUUUCAUAGUAACGGUAAUGAAAGUCUUGUUAUUCUUUACUAGAAAAUCAAUUGAAACCAAAGAAUCAAUCUCUUUUUUUCUUUUUAGUAUAUUAUUCUAUAAUCGAAAUGAGUAUAUUUUUUUUAUUUUAUAGUUUGAGCACCAUAAGUAGAGUUAGUGAACGAAUAAUUUCGCAGUAACAUAUCAUUCAAACAGUAGCUAAGUCUAAUAACGUAUACCAAUGUAUGCCAUGAGUAAACUUUGAUGUUGUAAUAUAUUGUCAACAUUUUAUCUUGGUUAUGUUUUGUAGAACUUUAUAAUUGAUACGUGUAUUUAUUUACACAGUUAUAUGCACAUAUUGUUCAUAUAUUGAUAUAAUUGUGUAAGUAAAACUUUAGUUAGCCAUAAUUGGUAAAAGAAAAGUUUAAAACAGAUUAUAUUUGAUCUUGUUUUACUGUACAGUGAACCGAACAAACUUGUAUAAACCGUUAAAUUCGUCUAUGCAGUUACAAGUAUGAAUAUUAUAAAUAUUAUAAAUAUUUCUUUCAAUGGUACAACACAUGCUUCUAAUUUUAUGACUAUUGAAUUACACCACUUGAGAAAAAGCAUACAGGUUCCAGAAUCUACAUAUAUAAUAAUAGAACACAUGUAUUAUUUUUAAAUAGUUAACAAUUUACCGAAUAUAUAUAUACAUACAGUUACAUGCAACCAUUGUAUCGCGUGUAUGAUACCUCACAUGUAAGAUAGUUUUAAGGAAAAGUCAAAUGUAUUAUACAAUAUAAAUAUCUGCUUUUUAUAUACGUAAUAAUUUGACAUUAGUUUAUUGAGAAAAGAUAUGCAAAAAUAUAUUUAUGAAACAACA